CAAACACCCACGUUGUCCCCAGAGAGGAAACUUAGAGACAGGCUCUAGAUAGACUUUCAAGAUCCAAACAGAGAAGAAAGGAUAAGCAGGGAAAUGUAUGGAGAGGUCUUGUAGGUGCUACGGUGAAGAAGGUUCUAGAAAGAAAGAAUGAGUUAGUCUGGCUAAAGAAGGAGAAAAAAUAGGAGAACAGCUCUGGAGGCAUGGGAAGAUAACGGUGAGAGGGUAAGGAACGGUAUGUGAAGGGGGAGCGAAUACAAAUAGUCUGCAAGAAAUUAACUAAUUGCAAUCAUACGCUGCAGAUUUACAGGAAAGACUGACAGCCAGACAGGCGUAAGGAAGCAAGGAAGGGAGGCGGAGGGGGGUAGCACGCAGAGAUGUAAAGAUAGACAUAAAAAUAUUGACCUAUAAAGCAAAAUACUGGCACAGGGAGAAGAAAGAUAGAAGCUCAAGAAACGGGAAAGGGAUCAUUUAUGCAUAAUUUACCUAAGAAUAGUGAGUCAGACAGUAGAAGAGGUUUUCUGCUUUGGGAAUGAAGCUGGAAGCCGUACUGAGUACAGAAAAGUAAGGUGAGUAAAGUCUGAGGGGGGGAGGGGGGAAUCUACUAAUCAGCAUCAGACGUUAACUGAUUUAACAGUUAGAGUUUCUAGAAAAAAAAAUGUUACUUUUAAUAGUUUAAUAUCAGAUGGAUUUUGAUUUAGCAGAACUCGUAAGUGAUAUAUGCUAUUCCAGAGAGAAUACUCAUUCGGCAUUGGGGCAUUCUAGCUUAUAUUUUCCAUAUAACAGCUCCGUAUAACCCCUCCUAUAACAUCAUUCGUAACCUUUCAAUGUAACUGUUCAUAUUGCUUUAUACCAUCUUUAGUGCUCUCUAUGCAUUCUCUGUAUUUCUCCUCCAGGUAAAGUUUAACAAAAUGUUUUGGCUCUUUUAUAGCACUAAAUGUAAAAUAUCGCUUUGUAUAUGAACAUAAUUAUGAAAUAAACCACAAUAUAUUUUUUUUAGUUGAAACUUCGUAGAUCAAAUAACCCUAUAUACCUCCUGUAGUAGUAGUUUGCUAUAUACCCAUCUAUGUCCUUUUAACUCUGCCUUUAAAUCUAUCUAUAAAAUGUUCCAUGAGACAUUGUCAUGCUAUAUCUUUGUUUUAUUUCAUAUUACGUCAUCAUAUAACGUUAUUAUUGUAUUAAUAUCAUCCUUUGGCAUGUUGGGAACUCCACUUAUUGCACAAUCGAUAAAACAAAUUGUAACACAUUCUAGGCUGCACUGAUUACCACUAGCAAAUCUACUGUUUCACAUAUGUCAUCUGGGCUCUAUAGUAUAGGCUGUAGCUUUUUUAUGCCGUCAUUUUUAGUAGUCACGUCCGGUAGAUCUUUUCUAUGUUAGCUUUGUGUGAUUUACAUAAAACUACAAUGUACAAAGAUAACAAAAAUUUGGCUGUCCAUAUCUAUGAAUGAAUGUUGAUGCAAAAUGCGUGGUGGCUUCUGCAUCCAGUGCCAGGACACUUCUAUUUUAAUUGUUGGGGGGCGGGGGGAAUAGAGGGUCUGUGUCUUGCUGCAUUGUAAUUCAAAUAAAAGAAUGUCUCCUGUAAAAUAAAUGAAUAAGCAAACAAACAAAUAAUUAAACAAGUAACAGGUGCUUGUUCUAUCAAUUGCUGUGUUUUGUUCUAAACAAUAGGAAAUAAAAGUUACUAAAGCACUUGUUUCAAUAUUGAUUAAAAAAAUCUGAAGAUCAUUUUAUUGAGACUUAAUCUUAAAAAACGUGUGUUGAUUAAAGAGACAUUCCAGGAAAAUGACCACCAUGUUCAAUGCGCUAUAUACAUAGAUAUAGCAGUAGUUAAAUAUAAAAUAAAUAAAUUCAAUAAAUCAAAUGAUACCUUUAUUCAUGUUGAUUCAGUAAUGCCCAAAGGUUUUUUUUUUGUGUUAGAGCAAUGUUAGGUUAACAAUGAUAUUCACUAACUGGUGUAACUUUGCUGCAAAGCCAGUUAGUAAAGGGCUUCGGCAAGAGUGCAAGCUCUCCAUAAGAAACCAUAUACACUGCAAUUGCACUUAGCAUUCACUAAAUGGCAUUGCAGUUUUAUGGGCUACAAAAAAGCAAUUUUACUGGUGUCCCUAUCUAACCCUUUACACUCAUAAUAGUGAAAAGGUCCCUAAUCUAAUCUUCUUUAUUCAGCUCAAAUAAAAUGUCAAAUAAAAACGUACAGUUUGUAAAAUCCACUGAAAAAAGACCUGUGAUACUUAAAAAAGUUCAUCUUUGUUACCCUAUAGAGGGCUCCACAUGGGCCGAGCAUCCGAGGGAAGGAGAAACCUAUAUAAAUGCUUUGCCACACGUACAAUGCUCAGUAUAGAGCACUAUGAUUGGCUGGCUUGGAAUCUUUGUAAGAAGAGGUGUCCCUUUUAAAGCACCUUUGAAACAUAAAUCAUAAAAAUACAACAAUGCAUUAAGUAAAGUUUAUGAAUACCUUUUUACAAUAUUAAUUAACUCAAAUGCUAAAUAAUUGCGUAUUAACAAGGAGUGACAUAGAGACAACUAAAAAUUGAGGUAAAACAUGCCUGAGCGACACUGGUGGGUGGAGGAGUUAUAGUAUGUGCAGAAGAUACACGAAUACAUAUUCAAUGACAAGAAGGAAACAUAUACAAAGGAAACAUAUACAAAACUUAAACAAGGGAAAAUUCACAAUAAGCAUUGUAAAAAGAAAUAAUGUUGGACUCUUGAAAUAUCAGUGAGGGGGAAUCGUCUGGUUCUGGAAGGAUUAAACCAAUGUUGCAAAGCAGACCCCAAUGAAGGUAUCAUGUUACUUUGGAAUGUUUACUGUGGAACAAAUAUUGAAAUAUUUAGAAUGCCUUUGAAGUAGCUUUGGCUUAAAGAAAAGGUUGGUGAAAUAUUAUCUGAGCAUUUUGAGUCUCCAUAAUGCUGGCAUGACUGAAGGUUUAAAGCCAUAUCUCACAGCCUCUUUUACAUUUUCCGUACGACUUAAUAACCUCCACCAAUAGUUACACUCUAUGCUUUACAUAUCUCUGUAUCAAUUCCCCUCUUGUUGCCUAAACUCCAUAUUCCUUAAAAAGUCAAUUUGUGCUCUUACAUCUCAUGCAUAAAUACUCCUAUGAUUCCAGAUUCUUCUUGUAACUCUUCUUUUAUUCCAUAUAACCCUCAUUCUGUCUCUGCCAAGAAUUUCUUCUGCUGCUCUAUCUAAAAAUAUUCUGAUAUAGAUGCAAUUAUAGUCUUGUUAUAACUCAACCUCAUUUCUCCUAAAACAUUUCUUUUCGUAUUGUUAAAUCUCAUAAAAUGUGCGUAUUGCCAAAUUUAACAUGAUCAGUGCGAACUAUCUGGUUCCCAGUUUGCCUUAUAUAGUCUUUAUGAGGUGGCUGGAUUUAUUGUGCAAGAACGCAGAACCCAUAUACUCGAUUUGCUGUUGUCUCUUGUUUUCCUUAGGUGUUUGCCCAAUGUUCCAGGACAUAAAUACCCCAACUCCUGCCCCCUGCUCUCCCAGUCAUGACCCAGGUGAUCUCACAGGUAAUCAAUUUCUACCAUCAUCACAUUCUACACUAUACUUUGAGCUUUGUGUUAGCUUGUUAUAUUUUCAAGGACUAACUAUGACUGUUUCUAUAAUGGCCUGCUCAUUAGUGCAAACAUUUUUUCAUUUUACUUUGCAUUGUAUUUUAAAUUAUUAUUUUAAAGGAACACUAAAGUGUUAAAAAUUCAAAUAGUAUUCCUAACACUAUAGUGCCGCUGUCCUUAUUUGUAAACAGCAUUCAGUCACGCCUGCUGUUUGCCAUCAAAAUAUUUUUAAAAAGCUUGUUAGUUCGUAUCAUUGAAGAGGUGUCAUUUCCUUCAAUCAGUGGUCCAACCCAAUGCAUCUCUUAGAGGAGAAUUGAGGACAUGAUGCGCAUGCGCAGCAAGUGCUGCAUGUGCAUCCAAUUCUUUCCUAUGAGCUGCAACUUCACUUAAGUUUUACUUGGUAAGUGUAGUUUAAGCAAGUCUUGUAGCUGUUAGUAUGGCACCUACUAGAGGUGUGCACAACGGCAAUGUUUUGCCUUGAAGGAUUAAACAUGUAUGUAAAGUUCACAUGGGAUUUUUCUUUUGGGGCACACUUUAAUUUACUGUGCUGCACGUACCUACCUGUAUAUAGCUGUAUGUGUGUGUCUGGAAAUAUGGACUGUUUGGUGUGCACCUGGGAGGACUGAUACAGGGCUUCCAUGCACGAAAGGAAACCUAGACAGUGACUCCUGGGCAAGUUGACUUUAUAACCCUGCUAUACAUGCUAGAGAAGUUUGUAGUUAAGAUGGGAAAAAAACAUUUAUAAGGCAACUAUAACUUGGAUGGCCCACUCGGCUGCGCUCCAUGGAUGCAUGCAGUAAAGGAAUUAGGAGAGCACACUCAGAGCAAACUCGGGGCUCCUUGACCCAGACCACAAAUGUGUAGACCAGAAAGUGAGCAGUAAGGAGGGGCUGGCUUUCCUGAGUAAGAUCAGAUCUGAUCAGACCUGAGACAGUUCUGCUGACAUCCUCUGUGCAUAGUCUAAUUGCCUGUAUGCCGGGAGCCAUGACUUGUAUUCGGAAACCUGGCUGGCAAGAGACUUUGAUAACUGUUGCAGUUUUUGCUGGGAGAGGAACCUAAAUUGCGGCACUGUCCCCGCAAAAACAGGGCAGCUGGCAGAAAUGCUUAAAAUUAUGGUGUUAUUAGAAAUAAAUAUGAUUUUUUUUAUAAAAUUGGCAUACAAAAUAGUUGUAUGAGAGAUAAAAUGCUAGCUGCAAAAGAUACUGCUCUCAAAAAAAUAGUCUGAGAAAAAAGGGGAGGAGGGCUCUACCCAAAGACUCCUUGCACCGUUAGAACUACCAUAAAAUGUAGCAGUUAUGGAGUUAAGAGUCCCAGUUUAAUGUGUAGCAAUGUACUUGCAAAAGAGAAGUGUUUUGGGCAAACGCUACACAUAUACCAAGAUAUAUAGACAUGAAUAGAUCCAGAUAACACUACAUUAUAAAACCACUAACAGGGAGAUUCACUAAACAGUGGACAAAAGAAUUCUGGCCAAAAUGAUGCGAGCAGCCAGUGGGCAAAUAGUAAAAAAAAAAAAAAUGUUAAAAAAAAUUCCUCUGCAGUGCAGGAUUAAUUGUGGGACUGCUAGCCAAUGUUUAAAAAAGAGAAUAAAAUGAAAUAAAAAAGUCCUAUGGGGGCCAAUAUGGCCAUCAUAUUAGUAUAAACUGCUAACUGCUCACCUCUCCAAUACUAAUAUGGAGAUCUUAUUAACCCCAUAGAGUUUGUUUUUUCUGUUUGUUUUUUUACUUUUUAAUGUGGCGGAUGGUUAGCAAGCACGGCUACUGUCACAGAGCAUAACCAUUGCACUGCCAAUGUUUGUUUACGCUAUUUGUUUGCUUGCUACUUGCACUGCCAUCAGGCAACUUCCUGAUAUUUAGCAUCUGUUCCUGGAUUUUAAUAAUCCGGUUCUGGAUUUCAGCCACCCAGUAGCUUUCAGUCUGGCUGAGAUCCCGACCAUUCUGAGCCUUAAGAAUAAUAACUAAUUCCAAAAAAAAAACCCUGCUAAAAGAGGAAAAAUUAUAACGAGUAAAGUCAAUAAAAAGUGAUAAGGGACAUUUAUUCAAAAUUGGACAAAAACUUUAUUGAAAUCAGUAGAAUUCAUGGACUCAAAUAAGCAGUAAAAAAAUAAUAAUAAACACAUCACCUAACAAAAGAAAAUACAUACAUAUGGAGUCUCCUAAUUAGAUCUCAGUCUGUGGAGUGAAUAUAGGGAAACAUAUGUUUAUAGUCACAUAAAGGUAAAUGACCCGGCAAUAUAAACCACAGUUGAUCCUUACAAAAAUAACAAAGCAGACUGUUAAAAAAAAAAGAUGUAGAUACUCACUGGGAGUCAAAUAUUGGUCUGUCCUGAUAUAAUGAUACUAUAAUGAUACUUGAGGUAUGUAUCAAUCGAGUCUCUGUAAAACUAACAGUAGUAGUGAUUAGAUAUAGGAGAUUUGUGGAAAAGGGUAAAACAAAACUAAAUAAACCCCACAACUAACUAAUGAAAAAAUAAAAAAAAUUUUGUAAAGGAUAACUGAUGCCUAAUGCUAAAUUAUAUAUAGUCUCCUAAUACCACAGGUUUGAUCUCCGAUAUGAGGAUGUGUCUGAGAGUGCUACCUCAACGUAACCACUUAUUUAUCUUGUAUUGCUCAAGGCUCUCCUCUCAUUACAUUUUCUCUCCAAGAACACAAACCAAUAUCACUCUUUUAAUGACCUUCUCUUGUCUCUCUAUACUCCCACAUUGUUAAUUCUCGUCUACAGUACUUUUUUUUAUCUUUUAGUUUAAUGUUUCCAUUUUAAAAUUGCAUAAAGCUAUGUUUGUGCUAAAUAAAUACUAAUAAACAUAUGUGGUGCAGAUUCUUGAAAUAAUUUCAGUGGAGCAUCAUGUCAGAAAACAUGCCCUAAAUGGAUUCACUAAUGACCUGACACAUAUACCAUCCUCCCCAAAAUACACAUUUUAAUAGGACAUAUAGUUUGCAUGAUUCACUGCCAUUAUUCCAAGAAUUGGCACCACAUAUGUUUAUUAUCUUUAUACAAUUUAAAAAUGGAAAUAUAAAACACAAAUAGAAAAAAGUACUUUAGAUAAGAAUUAACAAUGUGGGCGACUGGGCGUGUAGAGAGACAAGAGAAGAUAAUUAAAAGGGUGAUAUUGUCUUGGAGUGUUCUUGGAGAGAAAAUGUUAUGAGGGGUUGGCUUGUUGAUGGAUUAGUAGCUCACAGUCAGUAUUUCAGAUUGGAUCCUGAAGGGUACGAGAAGCCAAAGAAAAGAUUGGCAUAAGAUUGACUUAUGAGAAUUGGUGGAUAUAGAAGAUAAGCCUGGGAGCAGCAUUAAUUCCAGACUAAAGUGUAGAAUAUGGGCUUUAGUGAGAAUGAUAAGGAGUGUGUUACAGUAUUGAGGAAUAAAAUGAUAAGUAUUAGUUGCAUCUCUGUUAGAAAGGGGAAUAUACAAACAAUAUUUUUAAAUUUGGUAAAUUGCAGGAUUUCGAGACAGAGUGGAGGUGUGAAGGAUAAGUAAGAUUGUGGGGUAAGUUAGUGAGUGUUCCAUGCAUUAGAACGGAGAGUAGCAAUGGACAGUUGGUUUUCAGUUCAAAGAAAAGAUUAGUCGCUUAUUUUUAGAAAGACUGUUUCAAGAACUGGUUAGUCAUCUACUUAGAGAAUAGGAAGGUAGUGUAACCAAACGAUGAGAUGCUAAAGGAGCCUUGGAAAACAUAAGAAGAGAGCCUAGAGAGGACAGUACUAUGAGAACCAUGCUUGUGAAAGAUAUGAAGAAUGAACAUGUGGUCAACACUGUCGAAAGCAGCAAGAGGAAUGUUUAGAGUGUAAUGACUUUUGCAUUUGGAUGUGAUUACACCAGUGGUAAUUUUGGUUAGGACAAUAUCAUUAGAAAUUGGAUUUGAGAGCAUCAUAGAGAGAGUUGGAAUUGAGAAGUUAGUCAGACUAACAUUAAAAAGCUGUUCAAGCUUUGAGACAAAAUGAAAUACAGAAAUAGGACUUCAUUUAGACGUUGAGUUGAGAGAGUUUUGUUUUUAGAAUAGUAAAAUAAUUGUGUUUUUUUCAUUGUGUGUUUGACUGAAAAUACCAAAUGGGGGACAAUAAAGAUUUGAAUUAAGGAUGGAAGAUAACUCGGGCAAACAGAUUGUAUAACACUCCUUCAAAAAAUCGAUAAAAACCCACUUCUUCAUAAAAGCGUAUCAAUUAAACUGUUAAUAGCUCCUGACUGAUUCCUUCUCUGCAACUGUCACUAAUCUAAUACUAUCCUUACCUUUUUGUGUCAUUUUACCCCACUCCCUCUAGCAUGUAAGCUCAUUGAGCAGGGCCCUCAACCCCUCUGUUCCUGUGUGUCCAACUUGUCUGGUUACAACUACAUGUCUGUUCGUCCACCCAUUGUAAAGCGCUGCGGAAUUUGAUGGCGCUCUAUAAAUAUCAUAAUAAUAUAAGGUAAGAGGGCAUGAAAUCAAUGUUAUCAUCUUUAUAAACUGUAUUUAUACAGUAAUAAAUAAAUAAAUCUCAUCCAGGAUGUAAAGGUAUACAAUCACUGGCAGUGCUAAUGUUGAGCUCUAUUGCUUUAUUUAAGACAGUUAGUUUUCCUAGGUGACAGUUGUUUUUAUUUUUAAAAAGCAUUUUUAUACUGUAUUCUUAUGUAUCUUUCCCAGACACCCUUAUAUCUACACAGGAUGAAGAAUUGGAACAACCAGAAAUCCUACCUUCAAACAAUGAAUCACCACAACAAACAGUUGCCACAGAGAGCCCUAUAAGAACAUGUAAGUGUGUAGUAUUGUCCAUGAUAACCCUAUAACUAUUACAUCAUUGUUUGCAUUCUUGAAAAUCACCCAGGUUUAAACAGGUUAAAGCAGUGGUAGUCAACCUUUUUCUACCUACCGCCCACUAAUGCAUCUUUCUUGAUGGAAAAAUUUCAACAAAUGAAGGUCUCCUCUUUUGGUGAUAUUCAGACGAUUUCUCUGUUUGCUCAUAUAUGAUUUCUAAUCUGUGCAUCAGCUCCCCUCCUUGCCCUCCUCAAUUCCCCUCCCCACCUUUUUUCUAUUUUUUAACCUUCCUUAUAGCAAUGCCCUGUAGGAAGGCUGAGCUUACUAUUACUAUUACUAUUACUAUUAUUAGCCAACAACAAUUCUCUCCUUUUCCUUCUUUCUCCUUUUUACAAGUACUCUGAUCCUUCUUUCUCCUUUUUACAAGUACUCUGCUCCUUCUUUCUUCUAUUCUACAAGUACUCUGCUCACAGACAAACACAUACACACACUCACACAUACACUUACAGACACACACACUCACAGACAGACACACUCACACAUACACUUACAGACACACACACACACACACUCACAGAGAAACACAUAUACAAAGACAAACACACACACUCACACAUACACUUACAGACACACACACUCACAGAGAAACACAUACACACAGACAAACAUACACACACUCACACAUACAUUUACAGACACACACACAUACACACUCACACAUACACUUACAGCCACACAAAUUAUUAAUAUUAAAUGUCCACCCAGCCUCCCUACCUGGAGAGCUGGUGUGGAUCUGUCCCUGGGGUCCAGUGAGGCUUCACUUCGGCGGGCGGCAGAGUUCUAGUCCGAGGCGGCGAGGGAGCUCUAACCUCUCUGCUCCCUCGCGUGCUGUCUACUGAUGCCAGUAGCCGGAAUAUGACGUCAUAUUCUGGCUUCCAUGGCAUCAGCAAACAUCGCGCAAGGGAGCAGAGCAGAGAGGUUAGAGCUCCCUCGCCGCCUCGGAUUAGAACUCUGCCUCACUGGGGGGUCCAGAAGGUGGCCUGGCAGGAGGGAGUGCUUCCCUCCUGCCGGUCACUGAAAUCUUGCGCCCCAAGCCGCUCGUGCCCGCCCGCCCACUCUAAAAAGGAGAAAUCCUCUCAAAAAGACCUACCGCCCACCUGGAAUCCUGAAACGCCCACUUGUGGGCGGUAGGGACCAGGUUGACGACCCAUGGGUUAAAGCAAACAGGAAACUGUUGUUGGAAUUCAUGAGGAGCAAGGUAGAGAACAAAAGUCAAAGCCUGAUCAAUAAAAUGCUUUGUCUGUCACGAUUAGUUGUGCACUUCUCUUUACCUUUUAUUGAUGGCUGGACACGAUGCUAAGAGACCCUUAAACAUGUUUAGUAUGCUUUAACAAGAUUUCUGAUUUUAUAUAUUGAUUUUGCAUUGUGCUAUCAAGUCCUAAAAUAUAGUCCUGUCUUUUAGAGCUGUCAAUAGGUAAAAGCGUUAGGAAGAGAAGUCAGGUCAAAUACAUGUGUGUGUAUAUAGGUAUGUAGCACUGAGCAGGGCAUAACCUCUCACUGAGUCUGAAGUGGGGAACAUGGUGUUAGGCAGAACACUACAAGACAGGGGGGCAAAAUUAAGUCCCGGCACAAUAGCUGCCAUUGGGUAUAUGAUAAUUCACAACUAGUGUAGUUAAAGGACCACUCUAGGCACCCAGACCACUUCAGCUUAAUGAAGUGGUCUGGGUGCCAGGUCCCUAUAGGAUUAACCCUUUUUUUAAUAAACAUAGCAGUUUCAGAGAAACUGCUAUGUUUAUAAAUGGGUUAAUCCAGCCUCUAAAGCCUCUAGUGGCUGUCUCAUUGACAGCCGCUAGAGGCGUUUGCGUGCUUCUCACUGUGAAAAUCACAGUCCAUGAUGAAUGCUUUCCUAUGAGACUGGCUGAAUGCGCGCGCAGCUCCUGCCUCGCAUGCGCAUUCAGCCGAAGGGGAGAAGAGGAGGCGGAGAGGAGGAGGAGAGCUCCCCGCCCGGCGCUGGAAAAAAGGUAAGUUUUAACCCUUUCCUCGCCAUCCAGCCCGGCGGGAUUGGGUCCCUGAGGGUGGGGGCACCCUCAGGGCACUAUCGUGCCAGGAAACCGAGUAUGUUUUCCUGGCACUAUAGUGGUCAUUUAAUACGUUUUACUAGGGAAAAUCCCUUCUGAACUCAGAAGUGGGACUUGGCAGCAUCCGUAGACAGGUUGGAUCCUUCUGAGUCCUAUUUAAAAUAAGUAGAAAUGUCCCAAGAACAACACUGUCAUUUAAAAUGUUAAUAACCUGUGUAGUAUAUUGCACUUAUGACUAAAUUGUUAGUGUGCAUGUUUAUGAAGUUAUUUUCCCAUGAGGCUCAGACAGGGAUCAGAAUGAAUGUAAGAAUAAUUUGCAAAAAAAAAACAUUUAAAAUAUAUCCCAGGGAAAUAGGGCAGGAAACAACUCCUUGCUAGUAUAUGUUUAUUGGGAAAAUAAUCAAACAUGGCUAAAGUAUAGAGGCCACGUUAUAGUAAAUGGACACGUAAUACAAAAAGGGGGGCUGGCGACAAAAACAUAAAGAAAAUCUAUGUAAAUAUUGGGCAAGUUUUACCUCUUUUCAAAGAUGCUUUUUUAUUUUAUUGUAUUUAUAAACUAUAUUUCUAAUAGAUCUCAUCCAGGAAGUAGAGGUAUACAAUCACUGGCAGUGCUAAUGUUGAGCUCUUUUGCUUUAUUUAAGAUAAUUAGUAUUGCUGGGUGAAAGAUCCAACUUAAUAAAAGUUAGUUUAGCAUUAAGGCUCGUUUUACUUAUAAAAAAGCAUUUUAUACUGUAUUCUUAUGUAUCUUUCCCAGACACUCUUAUAUCUACACAGGAUGAAGCAUUGGAGCAACCAAAAAUCCUACCUUCAAACAAUGAGUCACCACCACAGACAGUGGUCACAGAGAGCCCUAAAAGAACAUGUAAGUGUGUAGCAUCGUCCAUGAUAAACCUAUAAAUAUUACACCAUUCAGGGCCAGCCUUAAGGGUGUGCGAGCUGUGCGGCUGCGACCAACACAACCAGGUCCUGCCCUACCUCAGAGUGCCCUGGUGGGUGAAAGAUUGCGCCCCCGUUGGCUCGCCUUUAGAGAGUGAGCUCUGCUUUGUUAUUGGCCAGUGAAGAGAUUGAGGACCUCCCUCACCGGCCCACUUUGCAUGAUGGGGAGGAGCGAGCAGUGAGCGCUUUGGUUCUGCACCUUCACAGGAUGCCGUUACUGAGCCCUCCUACUGAGCUUGGCAUUUAGAGUGUUGCCACAGGUUAUCAUGGUAACGCUCUCAUACCAUCAAUGUGGAGUUCGCAAGAGGAGGGCUCCUGUUCUGCAAGGUGCAGAAUUUCAAACCCUGGCAGAGACCGCUGGACCACCAGGUCAUCAGUAUUCCCCCAUCCCUGUCCAACGGUAUGCAAGAGGGAGGGGAGCAGAAGGGGGGAAUCAAUAUGAAUUAAUUUAAGAAAACAAAACAUGAAAUUGCUCUUCUACCUCCUCAUUUAAAGCCUUAUGUCACCCCCAGUGGUGUAUUUUGGAUUUGUGCUGCCCUAGGCCCGACUAAAUUCGGGCACCCCAAAAUAAAAAUUUGCUCCCCCAAUUCGUGUCAAGGCCAUUUUUUGACUGACAGACACAUGCCCUCAUUGAUACAUGCACUGAUAUACACUCGAUGAAAGAUACACAGUCAUUGGCACACACAUACAGUCAUUGGCACACACUGUUUAACCAACACACCCAUUCUCACUCACAGACACACACUGACAGCUACACUCACUCACUCACUCACAGUAAGGUGGACAGCCCCAGAACACGUGGCAAACAAGGCAUUUCUCUGGGAGCUUGGGGUGGCAUUUUUUGGCGCCUCCCCUUAAAGUGCCGCCCUAGGCAAAUACCUUGUUUGCAUUGUGGUAAAUACAUCCCUGGUCACCCCCUCCUACUCACUAAACAUCACUAUCCCACCAUUACUGUCAGGGCCAGCCUUAGGGGUGUGCAAGCUGUGUGACCACACAGGGCGCCAUGGAGCAGGGGGCGCCAUGUGGCCGACACAGCUUGCACAUGGCCGGGUGACAAGAGUGCAGGGGAGCAAAAAACAAAACAAAAAAUUGUGUCAGCGGGGGUGGGGCUUACCAAGCAGCAGGGGCAGGGCUUAACGCAAGGCCCCUGUAACUGCUGCACAGGAAGAGGGAAGAAGGAAGGAGUCCCUGCUUCCCCAACAAUGAACUGCAUUCACUCCCCCUUCCAGCCAUACUGCCUGCCUGUGUGUGUGUCUGUCUGUAUGACUGCCUGCCUAUGUGUGUAUGUGUGACUGUCUGUCUGACUGUCUUUGUGUGAGACUGCCUGUGUGUGUGUGUGACUGUCUGUCUGUGUGACUGCCUGCCUGCCUGUGUGUGUGUGACUGUCUGCCUGUGUGUGUGUGUGACUGUCUGUCUGUGUGACUGCCUCCCUGUGUGUGUGUGUGUGACUGCCUGCCUGUGUGUGUGUGACUGUCUGUCUGCUUGUCUGCCUGUCUGUGUGACUGCCUGCCUGUGUGAGACUGUCUGUCUGUCUGCCUGUGUGUGACGGUUUGCCUCUGUGUGUGUGUGACUGUCUGCCUGCCUGUGUGUGUGUGACUUUCUGCCUGUGUGUGUGACACUAUUGUUCCCUACAUGCGCAACAUAAUGGCAUGGCGACUUCAGGGAAACAAGAGCUUUUUCAACACUCUUGUGUUAGAAAUACAUUUGUAUUCCUAAUGCUAGAGUGUUCCUUCACAUGUUUUUCCCAAAUCUAUACAUUUAGGAGGAAUUCUUCUAGCCCAUAUAUAUAUAGAAUUCUCUGCUUUUUAAAAAGACACAAUUUAACACGAUUACUGAUAGUAAUAUUUCUAUAUACAUGUAUAUUAAUAUGUUUAUUAUUAUUAUGAUAUGUGUUAUUAUGCCUAUAAUGUAUUAAUAUAUGUGUAUAUGCAUAAUAUGCCCAGAAAUCCCAUUAAUACAUAACAUCUAUGGAAUAGAGGCUUAGCACUUUUUACAGGAUGGACGAGGCAGUGUGGCCAUGGGGGGGCGCUGUGAAGAUUUUUCUCACAGGGCGCCUCAAGGCCUAAGACACCAUUAUUUGCAUUCUUGAAUAUCACCCAGGUUUAAACAUAUACAUAUAUAAAAAGUUAAAGGAAGCAGAAAACUGUUGUUGGAAUUUAUGUGGACCAAGGUAGUGAACAAAAGUCAAAGCCUGGUCAAUAAAUAUGUUAUUGUGACGGACCGCUUGGCACCCCGACCAGGUACCUCUGUCAAUCGCUGCUUCCUAUUACUUGUGAGCACCAUAAGCACUGUAUUGCAACACCAUAACCACCGUAGACUCCCACAAACUGCCGCAGCUUGGUUGGGGAUCUCGCCGUCCUCCACCCACCCUGGACACAAGACCAGGAUCCAGCUUCCAGUGGGUAGACCUCUCCUAGUCAAAAAAAGCGUAGCAGGAACAGCUCUUAUAAGAGCUAGUGAUUAUACUCAGGGGAGUACUGUGAUAUAGCAAUACCCAGAGUGAAUGUAGUUCUCCAAUCCCCCAAACAUGAGCUAAGACUUCAUGAAGGGGUAAACGAAUCUCUGUUUAAUGGGAGCCACACUUGGCCUUAUAUGACAAUCCCCAUUCAAGGGGUACGCCGACAGGGACCUUGUGGGUGACUGAUUUGCAACUUCACAGACCAAUAACAAUAAGGUUACAAGGUACGACACUCCCACACACAGCACACAAUCCCUCCCUUCUGCCUGGGAGAUAAUUGGAUCAGUAGCUGUACUAAUUCUAAUCCAAUUAUCUCCAAGCACAGAAAAAAAUAUACUUUUUAAAAACACCCCAAAUGUACCCUAAAAAUUCAUAAAACCCCACAAAUGUUACAUCCACUGAUAGCCUUCAUCUGGGUGACCAACAUAUCCAAAAAUCACACAGAUCAGUUCAAGGGUUCAGGAAUUUCCUGGAAGUAAUUUAUAUGACCGACCGCAGGCAUGGUCCCAUAGCCGAAAAUAGUUCCAUAGAAUGGCAGCUAAGUGCCGCUGGAGGACCGACUGGUAACCGCGAAGUUUUCAUGCUGAAAAUAGUUCCAGGGCAUUCACGGCUAAGUCCCCCUGAAGUCUAUUCACGGUUUUGGUACAUGCAAACAAGAUGGCUGCCACCUUCUACAAUUAAACGCAGCAAGCGCCCCCAAUUACCCUGGCACACCAAGCUGACCCGUUACCUCCAAAAAUGUUCCAGAACUGCUGAAGGCUUAUUUAGAUGUUGUUUGGCAAACUCUAAUCUGGCCUUCCUGUUUUUGAGGCUCACCAAUGGUUUACAUCUUGUGGUGAACCCUCUGUAUUCACUCAGGUGAAGUCUUCUCUUGAUUGUUGACUUUGACACACAUACACCUACCUCCUGGAGAGUGUUCUUGAUCUGGCCAACUGUUGUGAAGGGUUUUCUUCACCAGGGAAAGAAUUCUUCAUCCACCACAGUUGUUUUCCGUGGUCUUCCGGGUCUUUUACUGUUGCUGAGCUCACCGGUGCGUUCUUUAUUUUUAAGGAUGUACCAAACAGUUGGUUUGGCCACACCUAAUGUUUUUGCUAUCUCUCUGAUGGGUUUGUUUUGUUUUUUUCAGCCUAAUGAUGUCUUGCUUCACUGAUAGUGACAGCUCUUUGGAUCUCAUAUUGAGAGUUGACAGCAACAGAUUCCAAAUGUUAAUAGCACACUUGAAAUGAACUCUGGACCUUUUAUCUGCUCCUUGUAAAUGGGAUAAUGAGGGAAUAACACACACCUGGCCAUGGAACAGCUGAGCAGCCAAUUGUCCCAUUACGUUUGGUCCCUUGAAAAGUGGGAGGCACAUAUACAAACUGUUGUAAUUCCUAAGCCGUUCACCUGAUUUGGAUGUAAAUACCUUCAAAUUAAAGCUGAAAGUCUGCAGUUAAAGCACAUCUUGUUCAUUUCAUAUCCAUUGUGGUGGUGUAUAGAGCCAAAAAGAUUAGAAUUGUGUUGAUGUCCCAAUAUUUAUGGACCUGACUGUAUGUAAGAGACAUUUCCAAAAUAUAGAAUAUUUUACAAAGUCUCACUUUGCAUCUGACUUCCUCCACUAUAAAUUUUUGCUGCGCUCCUACAGCCUGACUCUUUCAACUGCAAAGGUAAAUUACUUUAACACCCUCAUAAGGACACUGUCCCAUCAACCCAAACACCUAUUUCACAUUGUUGAUGCUCUUCUUCACCCUUCUACUCCCCCUCCUUCUACCACAGCAGAAGAGGUUUCUGUUCUGCUCCGGUACUCCCGCCCCACCACCUGUUCCCUGGAUCCUAUUCCCUCGUAUCUCAUCCGCACUUUGUCUCCCUCUCUUGCUCUUCCUCUCACUAAAAUUUUCAAUCUCUCCCUUUCCUCUGGCACAUUUCCCUCACCCUUGAAACAUGCAACUGUAACCCUGAUUCUGAAAAAGCCCAACCUUGACCUCAACUCCCCAUCCAACUAUCGCGCUAUCUCGCUACUGCCAUUUGCCUCCAAGAUCCUCGAGAGAGUUGUGUACACCAGAUUGACUGACUUUCUUGAAUCCAACUCUCUACUUGACCCCCUUCAGUCUGGAUUCUGCGCUGGUCAUUCUGUAGAAACGUCUGUGACCAAAGUAUCCAAUGAUUUAAUUGCUGCUAAAUCUCGCAGCCAUUACUCUAUCCUAAUUCUCCUUGAUCUUUCUGCUGCCUUUGACACUGUUGAUCAUCAACAGCUUCUUCACAUUCUCCAUUCUACGGGAUACUGCUUUCUCCUGGUGCUCCUCCUACCUCUCCAAGCACUCUUUCAGUGUUUCUUUCUCUGCCUCUUCCCCCCCAACCACACUCUGUCAACGUCCCCCAAGAUUCUGUCCUUGGUCCCCUACUGUUCUCUAUCUAUACUGCCUCCCUUGGUAAACUCAUCAGCUCCCUUGUCUUCCAUUAUAAUUUCUAUGCGGAUGACACACAAAUCUAUCUGUCAUUUCCUGAUCUCUCUCUGCCAAUCUUGACUCGUGUCUCUGACUGCCUCUCUGCGAUUUCCAACUGGAUGGCUGUUCACUUCCUUAAACUCAACCUGCCCAAAACAGAACUUCUGGUCUUUCCUCCCUCAAGUGUUGCUACUCCCGUGUCUGUCUCCCUCCAAGUAAACAACGCUACCAUCACCUCUACCUCGCAGGCUCGCUGCCUGGGUGGGUUUUUUUACUCCAACCUCUCCUUCACCCCUCAUGUCCAAUCAAUCACCAAAUCCUGUCGCUUCCAUCUCAAAAACAUAGCGCGCACCCGCCCCUAUUUAACACCUAAUGCAGCUAAGGUGCUGGUCCAUGCUGUUGUUCUCUCUUGCCUUGACUACUGCAAUCCCCUUCUCAGUGGUCUUACAUGUUCCCAGAUUGAACGGCUGGAAUCUAUAAUGAAUGCGGCGGCGAGGCUCAUUUUCCUGUCCGCUCGCACCUCCCACCUGCUCUGUCAGUCCCUGCAUUGGCUUCCGGUUAGAUAUAGGGCUAAAUUUAAAAUUCUGGUGCUUGCUUACAAGUCCCUACAUAAUGCUGCUCCAACCUACCUAUCCCACCUAAUACACAAGUAUGUCCCGUCGAGGCCCCUGAGCUCUGCCAAAGACCUACGUCUAUCCUCUGUCCGUACUCCCAUGUCUGAUGCUUGCCUCCAAGAUUUCUCCAGGGCUGCACCUCAUCUGUGGAACUCCCUUCCAUUCUCCAUAAGACUUUCACCCAGUCUCCACUCAUUCAAAAAAUCAUUGAAAACACACUUCUUCAAGAAAGCAUAUCAAUUAAACUGUUAACAGGUUUUUAUCCCCCACUCCCCAUGACUCUUCUCCUGCAACUGUCAAAAAUUACCUACUAAGCCCUCAGUGAAUAAUUUUCUAACAACCUACUUCGUACCCCUACUUUUACCCAUUGUGUCACUAUAGCCCACUCCCUCUAGAAUGUAAGCUCAUUGAGCAGGGUCCUCCACCCCCUCUUUUCCUGUACGUCCAGUUGUCUGGUUACAAUUACAUGUCUGUUAGUCCACCCAUUGCACAGCGCUAUGGAAUCUGAUGGCACUAUAUGAAUAAUAAAAUAAUAAUAGUAUCUUCUCAAUGUCCAUUUUAUAUAAAAUCUUCAUCUGUAUCUAAUUUCCUGAUAAUUUCAAUUCCGCAGCGAUAUUUCCGGGUACCUGACGUCGCCAUGAGUGUAGUUGGAACGCAGCGUUGACGGCUGGAACGCAAUGUAGAUGGGAAGUGGUAACUACACAAAGGAAGGCAAAGUUACCACCUCCCAUCUAUGUUGCAUUCCAGCUGUCAACGCUGCAUUCCAACCAGUGCUGUGGAAUCGGUAGAUAUAUGUUCCGACUCCGACUCCUCAGCUUUUUGUACUUCCGACUCCGACUCCGUCUUUCCGACUCCUCUGUAUUAAUAUGCAAAUGUAUUUUAUACAUUCCUUGAAGGAAAGAAAGGCAACAUACAUGUCAUUACCACAGGACUACUGGUUGGGAAGCUAACAGUCUACCGUAUUGAACAGUUUAAGCAAAAGACAAACACAAUGAAAACAACAAAGUUUUAUAAAAAUGUUUUUAUUAAUCAAUUAAGUGGCUGGAUAGUAGCAGCAGGCAUAAACAUCAGGAACAGGAACUUUACCAGUUCAAAAAUACAAACCACGUUAUUUGGUUGUUUUAGAACAAAAACAAAGCUUAUCUAUAUGAACCAAAAACAAAAUCUGUAAAACCUAGAAAUGGUUUAUAUUAAUCUUGAAAUAUAGUUAUAGGCUUAGCAAAUGCAAAUCAAUUCAAUGUAGAGUUCUAAGGAAGAGAAUUGCCUCUGCCAGAUCCUCUUUCAUAGAGGCUCAUAAGUCAGACUUUUUAAUUUUUAGGGCUGAAAAUAAUCUUUCGACACUGACUUGGGUGGGUGGCAUUGCAGUAACUAUUCUGGCUACAUCACUAACAAUCUCUGGAUAAACAAGGAUGGCUUCUUCAACAGUAAGUUUUGAUGAGCGAUCAUACUUUUCAACUUCUUUUAGUGCUUCAUAAAACUCCUGUUGGAAUUUUUUUAUUUGGACAUUUACUGGUUCUGUAACGCUUAUGCGACUUAUGCUUUCUUUUAGAACCUUCCAUUUUGUCUAAGAAGGAAUCAAAAUCUAAUUCUUCGUUUGAAGAAGAUGAUCCUGAUUUACCACUAUUGCUUAAAAGAACUUCAUCCAGUGGAGGUAUUUCAGGUCGUAAUCCCUUGAUGCGAACUGCUACAUCAUAGAGGGCCUUUUUCCCAGUAGCAGUCUGUUCACUGUUCAACAAAAGUCGGCUCAUUGGGUCAACAUAAAUAGCCGCUAACAAGAUUUCAUUUUCCAGCAAAAGACUCUCUCUUUUCAUCAUUGAAGAUGCAAUGCCCUCAGCUAAUAACCCCCCAUUUUUGUUCAGGCGAUAUAACAGGCUCUUCCAUUCCAAGAGGAAUUUACCCGGGGUUAGAUUGUCACAUUGCAAACUCUUGGUGACAGUGAAGGGGUGAGAAAGAAGGUUCUCCAGCUCUCUUGUUUGUGUCCACUGGCUUUCAGUUAAUGCAAGAUUUUCAUUGUCCAUUUCUUCUAUGAAGUCUUUAAGUUCGAGCAAACGCUUCACCAUUAAAUAAGUGCUUCCCCAGCGAGUUGUUUGAUCCAAAAUGGCUCCUUUUCCUGCAAGUCUUUUCAAAAUUGCAUCUGUUUUCGGGGCCCUGGCUGCAACAGUUACUUGCCGUAAUUUGCCAAUUAGUGUAGCUGCAUGGCGAUCUUUUAAUCCAUCUCUUAUGGCAAGUUGAGUAUGAACAGCACAUCGCAUAUGAUGAAUAGUAGCAAACUUCAAUGCUUCUUCAACAAAGUAGUCUAAAAAAAUGUCAGCUUUCUCUUCAGUUUCUAAACUUUCCUCAAUACUUGCUGAACUGUCUUCCUCUAACUCUAAUAUCUGUUUGUUACCUUCUUCAUCUGCGUUCAUCUUCUCAGUUGUGCUCAACAUGUUAGAAGCGUUAUCUGUCACAACACAUAAAAUCUGUUCCUUUUUAAUUUCAAAUUCUUCUAGAACACCCUCCACUAACUUCUGAAGGUAAUCACUGGUGUGAUGUGCCUGAGUGUCCUUUAAUCCAAGGGUCCGUGUUAUUGUUUUGUUAUUUUCAUUCACAAAUCUAACAUUAAUAGCGAAGUAAUUGACUCUGUGACGUGUGCAUGCAUCCAUUUUAAGGAAGACAAAACGUCCUUUCAGAACUUUCUGUAGUUCUUCCUUUUUACAUUUGGCCUCCUCAAUUAUAAGUUUCCUUAUACUUUCUCUUUCCAGAGAAACGCCAAGUUUUUUUGCCAUUUCUCCAUUUAGGCCUAAAAGGGCUGUUUGUGAAAAGAAGGAUAGUGGUAAACUAUUCUUUACUACCAUUUCAAUAAUGUGGUGUUUGAAUUUUUCUGGUGUUAUCCUUAUGGUAGCUUUGUCAGAUAUAAAGAAUUUUCUUAUUUGUGAUUGUUCUCCAGUAGAUUUCUGAAUGUUUUUUGUCACAGAAGUAGAUGCAAUGUUUUCAUUGCUAUCUUUCUCAUUCACGGCUUCUAACACUUUGGGAUGAAAACUCUGUAAGUGUCUUUUCAAAUUUGCUGUUCUUGUAGGUGCAUUUUUAUCAGACCCACUGAAACUGCUAAUUUUUGCAACACAUUGUUUUUCACCAUCAUCAUCUUUUCUAAUACAUUGGCACACGUAAUGUUUUCCAUCACUUGAUAAUGCAAAGUGCUCAUAAACAGUAGACUUUGUCGUGUUUGUUGUAUACAGUCUUUUUGACAUUAUUUAGGGCGCCUCUUUUCAUAAAAUAUAAAAUAUGUUAUAUUAAUUACUAACUGGCAUAUAAUUAGAUUUUUAAUAUCAACAUCCACAGUCUUGUAAGUUGUACUUACAUGGCUUUAUACAAACAAAUAAGCUAUAUUUCCCUGCACUAAACCAAGCCAUGAUUUGUCCUAUGUAAAAAAACAUGCACAGACAUGUACUGUACACACACACACAACACAGAGCCUACAUUUUAGUGCUCAGAGCAUAUAAAUACACUUACAAACCUAGGAUAGACAGUUUCUUCCAGAAAUAUGUACACAUGUCCUCUCUCAUACAGACAAGCAGGCAUGCAGGUUUUAAAAUAAAUAUAAACACUUACAGUUGAAUCCAAGAAGCUGUUCCACCAAGUUCUUCUAAGCUCUUCUAAGCUCUUCUAGCAGAGAGAGGUAGUUGGCCAGAAGCUGCUGCCUUCUCCUUUUUGUGUGCUGAAUUGCUGAUCUGCUGCUGAAUAUAGGGCAGUGGGAGGAUCCAGGAAGGGGCAUUUAUUAUAAAACACGAUUUCCCUAGUAGAAUCCUAUAGUCAUGUUUAAAGUUUAAGCUAACAAUCAGAGUUUACAAGUUUUUAUAGCCUUAGCUGAAUGACAGCAGUUUUUCAAAUGGUUUACAGCUUCAGUCUAGAAGUAUUGAUCCUCCAUUCCCUUCACUUAUACAAGUGUCUCUAGUCCUGCAAAAAACAUAUUUACUUAAUCCCUUAUCAGUGAGAGGCUAGGUUACCCAUGGGCGCUGCGUUCCCUGUAACAGCAGAACACAACACUAUGGAAAGUAUAAGGUAUUGCCGCUCCUAAUUGUGCAUUGCAUGCCAUAUAGUGAAGCACACGAAAAGCAUGCUUUUUCACGGUCACUUAAUGUGUUCGUUUUGCGGUUACGUGAGACACUGCAUGCAUUGGUCUUUAUUCUUACAGUAGAGAAGUCAUUAAUUAUAACUUUUUGUGAAUUGGGACAUUUAAACUUGCUUUUUUUAAUUCCAAUCUAAAUUUAGUAUGAGUAGGAGUCGGAGUCGGCAAACAAUGCACCGACUCCGACUCCAGGUACCCAAAAUUACCUCCGACUCCGACUCCUCGAUUCCGACUCCACAGCCCUGGUUCCAACUACACUCCGUCAUGGCGACGCAAAUGGAAAUGACGUCAGGUACCCAGAAAUAUCGCUGCGGAAUUGAAAUUAUCAGGAAAUUGGAUACAGAUGAAUAUUUUAUAUAAAAUGGACAUUGUGAAGAUACUAUCACAGCACUUGAAGAAGGCACUUGGAGCCAAAACGCAUCUGCUGUUUUUACCAUUUUGUUCACACCCACUUGAAUUUAAGCACCCGAUAAGCUUUUACUUGUGUUUAUGUGUUUAUGUAUUUUGUAAUAAAGCUUUUAUCCUGCCUAAGCAUCUGAUGUCCAGUUUCCUGUUCUGACAACACGGAUUCCAUAGCCAGUAUUGGCACCCCUAAGCCUGCAAUACAGAGCCUGGUACGGCUCCAGGCCAUGUGAGUGAGAGUCCAACUGAUGUAUUUUACAUUGUAUAUUUUUUAACAGUACACACUAUGUUGUUUUAAUCUUGUUUUUAGGUUUUCCCAGCUAUCCCAGUAUCUUCUUGUGAUAUGGGUGUAUUUGUGUUUUAAAACCAUUCACUUUUUACCACUGGUGAUUUGAUGUACAAUGAUUGUUUGUUUUAUUUUACAAUUUGUAGUGUAUUGCAUUGAUGACUAAAUUGUUAGUGUGUAUGUUUCUGAAAUGUAUUUCCCAUGAUGCUCAAAUAGGGUUCAGACUGAAUGUAAGAAUAAUUUGCACAAAAAACAAACACACAGUCAAAAGAUAUCCCAGGGUAAUCAUCCAGUAAACAGCUCGUUGCUAGUACAUGUUUAUUGUGAAAAAAAAGCUAAAGUACACAGACCAAGUUAUAGUGAAUGGACACAAAAUACAAAAAGAUCCAUGUACCUGUAGGAAAGGGUGGACACAAAAUAUGCAAAAAGCUAAGAAAACGCUGGACGUGUUUCGUGUCUAUACACAGAUGCUUUUUUUAUAUUGAAAUGAAAAAACAUUUGUGUAAAGACUCGAAACGCAUUCAUUGUUUUCAUAGCUCUUUUGUAUAUUUUUUUAAUCCCCCCUUCCUACAGGUACAUGGAUCUUUUUGUAUUUUGUGUCCAUUCACUAUAACUUGGUCUGUGUACUUGUUUGAUUUUUUUCAACAAUAAACUUGUGCUAGCAAGGAGUUGUUUCAUGGAUGAGUUCCCUAAGAUAUGUUUUGAUAUCUUUGUUUUUUUGUAAAUUAUUCCUACAUUUUGUCGUUUUGGGAAUGAAGGAACCAGCACCAAGGAUUGGGAUCUGCAACACAUUCAUUAAGUGAGGUUUUUCUAUUUUUUCCCCUUUUUUCACUUAACUUGCAUCAUUAUUUAGUUCCCCAAAUUCAGGGUAGUUGCACUACAUGUCUAUAGGGUUCAGGUUGGCUGAUACUAUUAGAAAUGUAGUUCAUGAACUUUCUCAGUCCCAAUGUUCGAUGUAAUUGGUCUUUUGGGUUAAUUUAAUUAGUUCUCCUAUGAACGACCACCAGUCAAAAUAUACAUAAUAUUUGCAAGGUUGUCUUAUUACAUAUACAUUCAUUUCAUACAUUGUAUUCCCAGACACCCUCCUAUCUAGACAAGAUGGCGCAUCAGAGCAAUCAAUAAUCAUUCCUUCUUUCAAUGGGUCUCCACAACAGACAGUGGAUGAGGAGAUUCCAAAAACUACACGUGAGUGUUCAGCAUCUUGACUGACAACCCUAUAAUUAUAAAACAUUAUUGAGAUAACUGAAUGUCAAGGCUCACAAAGUUCUCAGGAUCAAAUGUCUAGCAUUAUCCAACUCUGCAUAAUAUAUUGGUGCUUUAUUAAUAAAUAUUCAUAACAAGCAUUACCUGCUUUGAAUUCACGUUGAAGCUCAAACCUUACAGUUGGUGAUUUUUCUGUUUUGUAGAUUAUAAACUUCUCCUUAAACACUGGUGAAUGAUGAAAUUAUCUAGACUAUUGUUAACAGGCAAGGAAAGUAUAAUGAGAUUGCAAAGUUUUUAAAUGGUAAUGGGUAAGCUACACAUUGUGAUGGUUUCCAGAUGCUUUAUUAUUAUUAUGAUAUUUAUAGAGCGCCGUCAAAUUCUGCAGCGCUUUACAAUGGGUGGACGAACAGACAUGUAGUUGUAACCAGACAAGUUGGACACAAAGAAACAGAGGGGUUGAUAGAGGGAGUGGGGUAAAAUGACACAAAAAGGUAAGGAUAGUAUUAGACUAGUGACAGUUUAUAAUGUGACCAAGUUGUUUGGGUUUAUUUAUACCAGGUGCUUUAAAUAAAAUAUACCUGAGGACAACUGGCUAAAUUGUCUUCUUAUUUGGUGCCACUAAUCACUACUCUUUAGUGCCCACACACAUACGCAAAUCCAUAUUCCCAGACUGAGCAAGCACAUAUGGGGGUAUACCAACCAUCUGGAUGUGUUCAGGGACAUUCGGAUUGCAAAAUCUGGACAUUGUUCAUGCUAUUUUAAAAUGUCUGGAUUUUUUUGCCAUUCAGACCCUGAAUGGGUCUAGUUUUGGUCCAGGUUUCAGACGGACAGACCACCGCCAAACACUAAAAUCCCUGCCUAGAUUGAAUUUUUUUUUUUUGAACUAUAUGCCCACUGGGAGCAUUAGCAAGCAGCAAACAUAUAGUUAAAUAACCCUUGGUGGUGCAAGAGUUUAUUUUGUGGUGGCUGCCUAGCGUUUGCCUAUGGGGUCUAAAUGCACCACUGGGGAGAGUGUACAUUUUUCAUGGAUUUUUAUUAAAGCACUUUACUAGCAAUUUUGCUAGCAUAAUGUACAGAUUAAGUUGUUUUGUAGUUUAAUUCUCAAUAUACACUCAUUAGUCCCUGGCCUGAUGCUUAUCCCAAGCAUGAUUAAACUCCUUCACUGAGAUUACCUCUACCACUUCAACUGGAAGGCGUUUACAUGUAUCCACUAUUAUUUUUAAAUCUUUGCCCCUUGUUCUAUUGUUGUGGUAGUUUUUCUUCUUUUAAAUAUAGUCUCCUCCUUUACUGUGUUGAUUCCCUUUAUAUAUUUAAAUGUUUCUAUCAUAUCCCCCCUGUCUCGUCUUUCCUCCAAACUAUACAUGUUAAGAUCCUUUAACCUUUCCUGGUAAGUUUUAUCCUGCAAUCCAUGAACCAGUUUAGUAGCCCUACUCUGAACUUUCUCCAAAGUAUCAAUAUCCUUCUGAAGAUACGGUCUCCAGUACUGCGUACAAUACUCCAAGUGAGGUCUCACCAGUGUUCUGUACAAUGGCAUGAGCACUUCGCUCUUUCUGCUGCUAAUAUCACUCCCUAUACAACAAAGCAUUCUGCUAGUGUUUCCUGUUGCUCUAUUACAUUGUCUGCCUAGCUGUAAGUCAUCUGAAAUAAUUAACCCUAAAUCCCUUACAACAGAUGUUGAGGUUAUAUAUAUAUAUAUGUACACCAUCAUAGGCGUGCGCAGCCUAUUGCAUAAGGGUGUGAACCCUAAAGCACAAACACACACGCCACGUAUAUAUAUAUAUAUAUAUAUAUAUAUAUAAUGCCCCCAGCAGCACCCCCAUUUAUGCAUGUUAAGGUGAGUGCAGCCAACCCCCUCUUGUUUUAUAUAUUGUAACAAACCACCUCUUUUACAGGUAGGAUUGUCACCGAUCUUGCAGUAACCACAGCCUUCUAGGGUAUACAAAGUCCAGGACACGUUCAGCUCAGUUUUCCUUUUUAUUCAGUAAGAAAGCAGGUACUUUAAAUAAUAACAAAAACAAACAAAAUCCCUUGCUCUUACUUGAGCUCUUACUAGACAGUAAUUGCUAUCUGCAAUUGGGUGGCUUUCCCACUUACCAAUUUUCCAAACAAAAGCAAUGUCUUUGCAAUAAACACAAUCUCUCCUAGCUGUCUUUUUCUCCCUCACUCUGCAGCAGGCUGCUCUCUUCUUUUAAAGGCCUGUCUACUAAUUGAGUAGCUACAGGUGAGUGCCAAUUAGUUAACUCUUAAAAUCAGAUCCAAGCUGUGGUCUGUUAUACAGCAACUAGUGCUGUUGGAGCAUUGGCCCACCCUGCUCUCCAAAUACUCCGCCCCAGGGACCCAUACCAUGUUUUGCAGAGCAUCAGCUAUGCAUAUUGCAAACUUUAACAUCUCUCCCUGGGGCAUUUAACUGAAAAAUCCUCUGGUUGCUGUUUAGCAAAUCAGGUCUGAUGUAUCUCCCAUCAACCACUAUUCCACCUUUACGCUCACAUAUCCUCCCCCCCAGCUCAUACCCAUGGGUUUGAGCGACCAUGGAAAUCAGGGAGUGUACCCUCGAAAGCCCAUCAGCAUUACCUUGUUGCAGACCAGCCCUGUGUUCCACAGUGAAAUUAAAAGAUUGCAAACUCAAAAACCAUCUGGUUACUCUGGAGUUACUUUCCCUGUUCUGAUACAUCCACGUCAGAGGAGCAUGGUCCGUUAUCAAUCGGAACUUUCUGCCUAGUAGGUAGUAUUUAAGAGAGUCUAAUGCCCACUUAAUAGCAAGACACUCUUUUUCAACAAUAGAGUAGUUCUUCUCAUGUGGGUUUAACUUUCUGCUCAAAAAGAAAACAGGGUGUUCUUCACCCUGGUAUUCCUGUGAAAGAACAGCCCCCAAGCCCACAUCAGAAGCAUCUGUCUGAACUAUAAAAUCCCUGGAAAAAUCUGGGGUCACCAAGACAGGAUGGCUACAGAUAGCUUCCUUCAGACUCUUAAAAGCCUUUUCUGCCUCAGGGCACCAUUUUAACUAUGACUGGGGAUUUUGCUUUAAUAAGGUCUGUUAGAGGUGCAGCAAUGGUAGCAAAAUCUGGAAUGAACCGCCUAUAAUAUCCAAUUAAACCCAAAAAUGCCUUUACUUGUUUCUUUGUAAGGGGCUUUGGCCAUUUUUGUAUGGCUUCUACUUUGGCUUCCUGUGGUUUAACCAAACCCCUCCCAAUAGAAUAACCUAAGUACUUAGCUUCCUCUAAACCAAUCGUACACUUGGAAGGAUUGGCAGUUAAGCCUGCUGAGCUGAUAGCAUCAAGUACCGCUUGAACUUUAGGGAGGUGGGAUUCCCAGUCUGCACUGUGGAUGACGACAUCAUCCAAGUAUGCUGCAGCAUAACGAACAUGAGGUUUAAGAAUUCUGUCCAUCAUUCGUUGGAAUGUGGCAGGUGCUCCAUGUAACCCAAAUGGCAAUACAGUGUACUGAAACAGGCCACUGGGUGUUGAAAAGGCUGUCUUUUCUUUGGCUCUUUCAGUGAGCGGGACCUGCCAGUAACCCUUUGUUAAAUCCAAGGUUGUUAGAUAACGAGCAUUGCCCAGUCUUUCUAUUAACUCAUCAACUCUUGGCAUUGGGUAAGCAUCAAAUUUUGAGAUGGCGUUUAACUUGCGGUAGUCAUUGCAGAACCUCCAUGUGCCAUCAGGUUUUGGCACCAAUACAAUAGGACUACUCCAGUUACUCUGGGAUUCUUCAAUGACUCCAAGUUUUAACAUGUUCUCAACCUCUAAGUUUAUAACCUCCCUCCGGGCCUCAGGAAUUCUAUAGGGUUUGAGGUUAACUCUUUUCCCUGGUUCGGUUAUUAUGUCAUGUUUAAUCACUUUAGUCUUUCCUGGAACUACCGAGAAAACAUCCCUAUUUCUUCUGAUGAAAUCUCUGACCUCUUGCUUUUGAUGUACAGACAGAGUCUCAGAUACGUUCACCUCUGGCUCCACUAUAGGAGGUUCUGAAGGUUUUAAAGCAACCAGGACCUCCCUGUCCUUCCAUGGCUUUAACAGAUUUAUAUGAUACAACUGUUCAGGCUUUCUUCUUCCUGGUUGUCUGACUUUAUAAUUGACAUCACUCACUUUCUCUAUUAUUUCAUAGGGUCCAUGCCAAGUCGCAAGGAACUUAUUCUCCACAGUAGGGACCAGAACCAAUACCCUGUCUCCAGGUUGGAACACUCUGACUCUAGCAUUACGGUUAUAGCUGUUUUUCUGAGCCUGCUGGGCUUCCAGCAUGUGUUCCCUGACAAUAGGCAUGAUGGUGGCCAUUCUAUCCUGCAUUUGAGCUAUAUGCUCAAUUACACUCCUGUGAGGAGUAGUCUCCUGUUCCCAGGUCUCCUUAGCAAUAUCCAAUAUUCCCCUGGGAUGUCUUCCAUAUAAUAAUUCAAAAGGAGAGAAGCCCGUGGAGGCCUGUGGAACUUCCCUAAUGGAAAACAGUAGAUAUGGCAAUAAAAAAUCCCAAUUUCUUCCAUCUGCAUCAAUUACCUUGCGUAGCAUACUCUUAAGGGUUUUGUUGAACCUCUCUACUAAACCAUCAGUCUGUGGGUGAUAUACUGAGGUCUUAAGAUGUUUAACCUGCAAGAGCCUGCACAACUCUUUUGUGACUCUGGACAUGAACGGGGUCCCCUGGUCUGUCAGUAUUUCUUUAGGGAUACCCACCCUACUGAACAUCAACAUAAGUUCCUUAGCUAUUAACUUUGCAGAGGUAUUACGCAAGGGAAUGGCCUCAGGGUAGCGAGUUGCAUAGUCCAAGAUGACUAAUAUAUAUUGGUGUCCCCUAGCGGACUUUACCAGUGGCCCCACUAAGUCCAUAGCGAUCCUUUCAAAAGGCACAUCAAUUAUGGGUAAGGGUACAAGUGGACUACGAAAAGUCUUGAAAGGAGCCCUGUACUGGCACUCAGGACAUGAGGAGCAAUAGUUUGUAAUAGCAGCAAACACUCCAGGCCAGUAAAACCUUCUAAGGACUCUCUCUCUAGUUUUUUCGACUCCCAAGUGUCCCCCUAAUAUGUGGCUGUGAGCCAACUUUAGCACUAUAUUCUGGUAAGUCUGAGGAACCAACAGCUGCUUAAUGAUGUCUGAAUCCUUUUUUUCUACACGGUAAAUUAGGUCAUUUUGUACUUCAAAAUAGGGGAACGGCAGUGCUUCUCCUGGCUGAUUAGCAACCCCGUUUACAACUUUAAUAUCAUUUCUAGCUGUCACUAAAGUGGGAUCUUCCCACUGAGCGCUUUUAAAGUUACCUGGACUAAUUCCAAUAUCAAUUAAGUCCUUAUCCUUGUCUGCAGUAUUAGUAGGCUCCUCACUAGUUUGAGCUGGGUUAUCUCCUAUUAAUACUGGUUUAGGGCAGUAUUUUUUCUUUUUUCUUAUUUUUCCGUCACAGUGGUCAAAACCCAAGUCAAUAUCGGAAAAAGGGAACACAUUAUCCUCGACAGACUGACUCAUUUCUGAUAAAUUUUGGUCUGUCUUUUGUAAAGCUGCCCAUAAUUUUAGAAAAUGAGGAAAGUCUCUACCGAUCACUACCUCAUGGGCUAAUCUAGGUACUACACCCACUCGGUACUUUAAAUCCCCAUACUGGGUUCCAAUAUUUACUUCCGCAGUGGGGUAUUCCUUUUUAUCACCAUGAACACAGAUAAUGCCUAUUUUCUGUACAUGAUCAGGUUUUACACAAGGUAUUAUAGACUCUGCUACCAACGUAACCAUACUACCUGAAUCAAGUAAUGCUUUAGACAUUUUUCCAUUCACAGUUACACAGCAUUUAUGAGCGUUAUUAUCAUAGUCAUUGUUAACAGUACCAUAACAACUGAGCAAAAAUGAACGUGUUCCCUCAUCUUUGCCCAUAUUGCAUUCCAUAGGUUCAUCCUUAAAUGGACAGUCUUUGGCCAUAUGACCAUCCUCUUUGCACUUGAAACAUUUGACAGUACAAUCUGACCACCAAUUAGUUCCUUUCCCAGGCCUAUUAGACCUGGAUGCCCCCUGGUGUUUUGUGUAUAGAGCUGCAGUUCUUCAGCUCCCCUUAAACCUUGAACAGUCUUACCAGGUCUUGCAGAAUCUUGGGGCUUAGGAUUGCGAGGGUUUGCCUGUGAAGUAGGACAUAGCAGUUCUCCUGCAGCCACAUAUCUUUCCACCAAGGCAAUCAGUUGGUCAGCUGUAUGGGGGUCACUUUGGCUGACCCAGCGACGCAGGGAAGCUGGUAAACCACGCAAAAACCGGUCCAUUACUAAGGUUUCCACAAUGUGGCUAGCUGAAUGGAUUUCAGGUUGUAACCAUUUCCGUGCAAGGUGUAUGAGGUCAAACAUUUGGGAACGUGCGGCUUUGUCUGAAGAAUAUGACCAUGAGUGGAACCUUUGGGCACGUACUGCAGAGGUUACACCCAGUCGUGCCAAGAUUUCAGCUUUCAAUUUGCUGUAGAUACUUGCAUCGGCUGGUUCUAGGUCAUAAUAUGCCUUCUGCGGCUCUCCACUUAGGAACGGUGCCAGUAUGCUUGCCCACUCACCAGCCGGCCAUCCCUCCCUCUCAGCAGUGCGCUCAAAUGCCAGAAGGUACGCCUCAACAUCAUCUGAUGCGGUCAUUUUCUGAAGAUAGUGGCUCGCCCGAAUCACCUUUGGCCCCUGGUAUCUUCCAUCAGGGUCUCCAUUCAGUUUUUCAGAGAUAGCUUGGAUUUCCUGUUGUAGUCCCUGGGUGACUUUUUGCUGCUCCUCACGGGCUACUUUAAACAUCUCCGCUUGUGUCACAACAAGCUGUUUCACCAAGGACUCAGUGCACUCCAUUUGUGUUUUGGCCAGGACUUUAGCACACUCUGCCUGGGCCAGCACCAGUUGCUGCAGGGCUGCACUGUUUUCUGCAGCUCUCCUGUUAGUCUCCUGUUGCACAGAGGUGGAUUGGAUCAGAGCCUUGAUAACAUCCUCCAUGUUGAGCUUUAAAUGACUUCUACCCUCAGGCUUACGUGGCUGCCCGCAUUCUCCACCAUAUGUAACAAACCACCUCUUUUACAGGUAGGAUUGUCACCGAUCUUGCAGUAACCACAGCCUUCUAGGGUAUACAAAGUCCAGGACACCUUCAGCUCAGUUUUCCUUUUUAUUCAGUAAGAAAGCAGGUACUUUAAAUAAUAACAAAACAAACAAAAUCCCUUGCUCUUACUUGAGCUCUUACUAGACAGUAAUUGCUAUCUGCAAUUGGGUGGCUUUCCCACUUACCAAUUUUCCAAACAAAAGCAAUGUCUUUGCAAUAAACACAAUCUCUCCUAGCUGUCUUUUUCUCCCUCACUCUGCAGCAGGCUGCUCUCUUCUUUUAAAGGCCUGUCUACUAAUUGAGUAGCUACAGGUGAGUGCCAAUUAGUUAACUCUUAAAAUCAGAUCCAAGCUGUGGUCUGUUAUACAGCAACUAGUGCUGUUGGAGCAUUGGCCCACCCUGCUCUCCAAAUACUCCGCCCCAGGGACCCAUACCAUGUUUUGCAGAGCAUCAGCUAUGCAUAUUGCAAACUUUAACAUCUCUCCCUGGGGCAUUUAACUGAAAAAUCCUCUGGUUGCUGUUUAGCAAAUCAGGUCUGAUGUAUCUCCCAUCAACCACUAUUCCACCUUUACGCUCACAAUAUAUAUAUAUAUAUAUAUAUAACCCCCUCUUGUUUUAUAUAUAUUGAGCACACACACAUAUUUUAUAUAUAUACACACACACACACACACACUGCUGUGUGUUUGUGUGAGGGUGUUGUGUGUGUGUGGGUGCUGUGUGUGUGUGAGGGCGCUGUGUGUGUGUGAGGGCGCUGUUUGUGUGUUUGUGAGGGUGGUGUGUGUGUGUAAGGGUGCUGUGUGUGUGUGAGGGUGCUGUUAGUGUGUGUGGGUACUGUGUGUGUGAGGGAGCUGUUUGUGUGAGGGAGCUGUUUGUGUGUGUGUGUGGGGGUGCUGUUAGUGUUUGUGUGCUGUGUGUAUGUGUGAGGGUGCUGUAUGUGUGAGGGUUCUGUUAGUGUGUGUGUGCUGUGUGUGUAAGGGUGCUGUGUGUGUGUGUGGGUGCUGUGUAUGUGAGGGUGCUGUAUGUGUGUGGGUGCUGUAUGUGUGUGUAGCGGUACUUAACUUACCCGGGGGUCGGCCGGGGUCCUCUCUUCCCGCCGUGCGCGGCUCUCGGAUGAAGGCGGGCAUGGACCGCGAGAUGCGGUCACGUGUCCCGCCUAGCUCUAAGAGUGUGCCGCGCGUCUCGGGCACGCUCUUAAAGGGGCAGUGGGAGCCAAAAAAUACAACAGUCUCCCAUUGGCCCCUGUCAUCCCACAUUCCCCAUACACUCACUUUUUGGGGGCGUGGAUAUGACAGGGGUCAAUCAAAGUAAACAUUAGGGUAUUUAUACUUACCUCUCCCUUAACUCCCUGCCCUAUCAUGGUUUCUGUUUCAGUUCCCUUUAGCGCUUGUUGUGUUCAGUUGUGAUUUUCAUGCUUGACCUUGGCUUUGUAUCUGACUUCAUUUAUCUCUCUAUCCCUGUUUUGUCUUGUUUGCCGGCUUACUGACUACUGUGUACCAGACCUUGGCUAGUUUUUGUUCUCGCAGUCUCUUUGUUCCCUUGACCUCGGCUCGUUCUUGACUCUGUCUAUUCUCUCCGGUAAGACGUAUCUGCUCUAUCUGUCGAUUGUUGGACUAAAUCGUGCGUGUUGGGGUAAACUACCGUGACAAUGUGUGGGUGCUGUGUGUGUGAGGGUGCUGUUAGUGUGUGUGUGCUGUGUGUGUAUGUGUAAGGGUGCUGUGUGUGAGGGUGCUGUAUGUGUGUGGUUGCUGUUUGUGUGUAUUUGUUUUGAGGGACUGUGCGGGUGGGGGGGACCAUUUAGGAAAUAGCCACCUCCCUUCUUACCUUUUGUAGGGGCUAGAGUUCACUCUCACGAGAUCUGAGCAUUGCCAUGGCAACGCUUUGACCUCAUGAGAGGAACCCGACGGAGCUGCUGGCUAGAGCUCCCCGGGUCCUCUCCUGCCUCCCUCCCUGCGGGCCGGUGUGGGAGAUCUUUGAUGAAGGCAGAUAGCGCGGCACAUGAAGGCAGAUAGCGCGGCCUGCGGGGAUUAGGGUGUACACCAUAUGUGUUUUAUAUAUUUUAUAUUUACUAUUUGGAAUGCUAUUUGUCUGGUUGUCAGGAUCCUAUCCUGACAACCAAGAUAUUGUUUUAUUUUAUUACUUCAAUACCUGUUUCUCGCCUCUAGUGACCUCCCUAACCUCUAGUCAAUCCUCCGUCACUCUCACCUGCCUCAUAUGAUCUUGCAAGUCUUCUAUAAAAGGCCACACCCAACUAAAAGGGGGCCUUUACAUUGAGAGAAGUUGUGUUCUGCACAUGGCUCUUGCUUAUACUUGUUUAUGGUCUGAUACAGACAAGACAUCUAUUCCUAGCUCAAACUGAUUCCUGAUAACCUGCUCAACUCUGAUUUCCUUUGAUCCAUCCUGAUUCAUCCAAACAUCCUGCCUUAAUUCAAACUGGACUUUGUUUUCUAUUAUUCCUUAUUUGCUUUGGAUCUAACCUGCCUGGACUUUACUAACCAUAGUAUUAAAGGGACACUAUAGUCACCUGAACAACUUUAGCUUAAUGAAGCAGUUUUGGUGUAUAGAACAUUCCCCUGCAGCCUCACUGCUCAAUCCUCUGCCAUUUAGGAGUUAAAUCCCUUUGUUUAUGAACCAUAGUCACACCUCCCUGCAUGUGACUUGCACAGCUUUCCAUAAACACUUCCUGUAAAGAGAGCCCUAUUUAGGCUUUCUUUAUUGCAAGUUCUGUUUAAUUAAGAUUUUCUUAUCCCCUGCUAUGUUAAUAGUUUGUAAGAGCCUCCUGUAUGUGAUUAAAGUUCAAUUUAGAGAUUGAGAUACAAUUAUUUAAGGUAAAUUACAUCUGUUUGAAAGUGAAACCAGUUUUUUUUCAUACAGGCUCUGUCAAUCAUAGCCAGGGGAGGUGUGGCUAGGGCUGCAUAAACAUAGACAGAGUGAUUUAACUCCUAAAUGACAGUGAAUUGAGUGAAAUUGCUGGGGAAUGAUCUAUACACUAAAACCGCUUUAUUUAGCUAAAGUAAUUUAGGUGACUAUAGUGUUCCUUUCAGUUGAACUCUGCUGGAAAACCCUGAUCCACUUAUCUGGUAACUUCUGUACAAAUCAUCCAAACUAAAGAGACUGUCCACCUUAACUUAGAACCAGCCUGAAUUCCAUUAUCCUUUAUUAUGCUGUUUAAUAUUGUCUGAUAUUAUGUUUACUUGUUACCUAUUAUUUCACUGAUAGGAUUCCCUUUCUCCUGUAAACCUGCUUUGGAGCAUAUUGCCCAAACUUCUAACUCUUCUACUACUACUCCUUCAUACUUACCUGUAAUUCUGUUUCUAGGCUGCGCUUUCCCCCUAUGUCUUUAUUUUUCCUUUUCUCUUUUUAUCCGGUUGUUUUUGUUACCUUUGUCUAAACCAUGUCUACUAACUCCAAUAACCUACCUAAAGUUAACCCUGGCAUAAGUCUCCUCUCUGACCUGCUCAGAAUCAUAACACUGGUGUUCCAGUUCUUAGCAGGAAUUUAAGUGGCAUUUUAGAUAGAGAUUUGUCUAUGUUUUUCAGAUUCCCUAAGAUCACCUAUGAUCAACUCUGCAAAAAUCACAAAUGGGAGCAGCUUCCUUUGUAACUCAGAGAUUCCCAAAGGAUAUAAUCAUCAAACCAAAGGUCCUAAAAAGUCAUCUUCCCAAAAUCGUCUGGAGAAACAAACCAGCAAAGCAAGCAAUGAAGGUUCUCAGUCUCCCAGCCUACCGCCUGGUUAUGAAAAAGGUAUAUUGGAGCCAAAAAUCAUCUGAUAUAAACAUAACCAUUUUUUUUAAUAUCAAGCAUACACUGAUCAGUCACAACAUUAACACUGACCGGUGAAGUGAAUAACAUUGGCUAAAUAGUUACAAUGGCAUCUCUCAAGGGACGGGAUAUAUUUGGCAGCAAGUGAAUAGUCAGUUGUUGACUUUCAUGUGUUAGAAGCAGGAGAAAUGGGCAAAUGAAUAAAUCUGAGUGAAUUUAACAAAGGCCAAAUAGUGAUGGCACUUCCAAAAUGGAAAGUAUUGUGUGGUGUUCCCUCUGUGCAGUUGUUAGUACCUACCAAAACUGGUGCAAGGAAAGUCAAACGGUGAACUGGCAUCAUGGUCAUGGACACCAAAGGCUCAUUAAUUCAGAUUGAAAUCAAAGGUAAGUCUGUCUGAUCUGAUCACACAGAACAGCUGCUGUAGCUCAAAUUGCUUAAAAUUAUCAAAGGUUUUUUGGAGUCCAUGCUUUAAUGCACCAAAGCUGUUUUGGCUACACGAGGAGAGCCUACACAAUGUUGGGCAGAUGGUUUUAAUGGGAUGGCUGAUCUGUGUACAUUAUCUAUACAGCAGAAGCAGGUUUUGAUAAAUGUUAUUAAAGGGGCUCUCUCUAGGCAACAAUACAUUUUGCAUAGCUUUUGGCCUGAAUAAUUAUCUCUGAUUUUAGUUUUGCUCAAUUCUGUAUAGUGUUUUGCAGCAUUCUGCAUCUUAGCACUACCUUUAUGUUAUUCUGUAGGUGUGGGAGAUGUGCUGGGCUAUGUGGCAGGGUUAGAGAGUACUGGCGAGUCAUGGGAGUGGAUGAGUUGCUUACCGGUGUCAGUGCUCAGAAAUUGACACAUUUUGGAAAUAUUGCAUAGGUGGUUGCAGCAGGAUGAAGUGUCAUUUGAAGCAAUGGAGUGGGGGUGAUGGGGAGAUAGCUAUGCUGUCAGAAUUUGUAAUGGAGCUAGAGGGGGAAUAAGAAGGGUCUCACUCUUGGACAUACUAAUCUUCAGGUGACGGAGGCCAUCCAGGGAGAAAUGCCAGCUAAGCAGCCGCUGACAUGCGAAAAGACAACUUGAGAAUACCACAACAGUAAAGUGUUUGUAGAAACACACAACAAGCACAAGCUCAUGGUAGUGGAUAUGGUGCCAGGAGUGCCUUGGUGCCUCCUAGUGGAGAUAGUCAAACUGUUUAAGAAUGGUUUGACAACUUACCUGCUGUCUACUGGGCACAAGUCACCUCCUUUUAGAGUCUAGAAGCUCCUGCCUGGAGGUUCUUGUAACUUCCCUGAGCCAGCUCAUUGGCUGAGAGCACUGCACCACUGGACUCUCUCAGAGCAAGGACAUUCUGGACUGCACAGGAGGAGGCAAUCACUUCUGGCACCAUAACCACUGGAGCACUGCACCACUGGACUCUCUCAGAGCAAGGACAUUCUGGACUGCACAGGAGGAGGCAAUCACUUCUGGCACCAUAACCACUCUGCAGUGGUCAUGGUGCUUGGAGUGUUCUUUUAAAGCAGUAAACAUGAUAUUUAAACUAUUUGCUUGCCUGUUUUCUUGACAUUACCAUGCCUUUAACAAAACAAGAAACACAAAUUCCUAUUAUUUAGCAUUUUAAUGAUAUUGCUUUUUCUCAGCCUCUCUAUAAUAUCAUUGUCUCCUUUUCAGAUUGCUGUGUGCAUUGUACCUUAGCACUCCUGUUCUGUCAAUUCUUGUCUCUGUGUAACUUGUUACUGGAUGUCCUGACGUGUGGUUCCUGUUCUGUGGACUCUUCAGAAUUCUGCUGCUCAUGCUGUUCAAUAGAAGGGUGUCCAGACUGUAGCGAUUCCUGCGGCACGGACUGCGGCAUUGUGGACGCAUGUUGCGAAUCUGCCGACUGCCUGGAAAUUUGCAUGGAGUGUUGUGGCCUUUGUUUUUCCAAUUAAAAUGCAAAUACAGAACUGGGCCAACAAAGGGUUGCUUGAAGGCAACCUGUCAUAUAAACUUCCUUUUAUUUUAAACAGUAGACAUUUUUGAAUAACUAAGUAGAUGAUCUCAGCAAUUUAUAGCAUACAUACCCCAUUAUCCUCCUUAAAGCAGGUGAUAACUGUUUUAUUUAAUCAGUUUCUACUCAUGUUAAACCAAUUAUUUUCUUGGUAUAAAAUAAGUUAGAUAUAUUUGCGUGCCCGUUGGUUGUGUAAUUAAGAGCAAGGCUGCAUGCACACAAAUACAACUUGUCAAAAACAAAGAGAAGCCAGUUGUAUGCAGGUAAACCAUAGAGAGAAGCAGGGGUGGCGAAUAUGGUAGAUAUGAUGAACAUUAGUUGUAAUGGAAGAGAUACCUGCAUCACUGAAGUUAAAGGAUUUCAAAGGAAAGGUCCUAGGUGGAUUAAUAGAUCUACAGGCCAGGGGUGGGAUUUCUAGGAGCUACAAAACAAAGAAUAGUGGCACCUGGUGACAUUUAGAGAUGGUGGGGCACUAAAAUCUACCCCUUAAAUUUGACUCUCCCCCCUGACUUGUUUGGGCUCUGCCUUUUUCACUCCAUGUACUUCACCCCCUGCUCCCAUUACCCAAUGGCAGCCCUAGAAGACAGAACAGUACAGUUUUAUGGCAUACAGGAUAUAAUGGCCCAUGCAAAGCCAAUGGAUGAUCACAGAACUCCUGUACGAGCAGAGUCAGUAUAUCUGAGAGGGCUAUACCAAGACAUUUAAAGGGACACCGUAGGCACUGUAUCUGCUUCAUCUCAUUAAACUGGUUAUUGUGUCUGGAGUCCUCUGGUACCAUCAUUUCUUUCAGCAUUAAACAGUUUUUAAAGUUUUUUUUUUUCAGUGUCUUAAAUUUUUAUUGAGCUUUUUCAUAUUCAUCAAAUCAGAG